AUUCUCCAUAUUCUGAGCGUUUUAUAGCUGAAGAUGUGGGAGAUUUUUGUUUUCAGAUUGAGAUAGUUGCUUUUAUUAUACCGUUGGCUCCAUUUUAUACGUGGUUACCAAUUGUUCACGCUGAGGCCAGUACACUAGUAUCUGUGUGCUUAAGUGGUUAUAUUAUGAAGUUAGGGGUAAUAGGUGUAUAUCGAGUAUUUUCUUCUUUGUUUUCUGAUAUAAUUGGGGUGGUGUUUUAUACAUUUUUUGUAGUAUGGAAAGCGCUGAUUAGCAUUUUUGAGUUUAGCGCAUAUGGCAGUUAUAUUGUUGUGUUUUGUGUGUUAUUCUGGGGUUGGACACCUAACCAUGGCAUUGUUUGGUUGGUGGGUUUUAUUAUUAAAAAUUUUGUUUUGGUUGGUGUGUUUUUAAUAUAUUUAUUUUUGAGGAGGUUGGUUCCUCUGAUAUUGUUUGGUUUUGGUUUUAUACGACGUAUUGGUGUUGAUAAUUUUAAAAACCUUAUGUAUCCAAUAAUAGUUUCUAUGCUAGGUUUAAUUGUUUUUCCUAUGAUUAUUUCGUUAGUGUAG